AUGCCCGCGGCGGUACCGGGUGCUCCGGCGGCAGCCUCUGUACCACCCAGUCCGUUCGAGCGCUUAGGCCUCCCAGCCAAUUUGUGCCAGCAGAUGAACACAUCUAUGCCGUAUAUGAAAAACCCCACAGAGGCGCAACAACGGCUCAUUCCUGCGAUAUUAUCGCCGCGCGAUGUCAUUCUGCGAGCGCAUACAGGGUCCGGCAAAAGCUUGGCUGUACUUCUCUCGCUGCUUGCGAAGCCACGCAUGCUCUUUCGGGCCGGGAGUGCCUCGGCCAGAGCCGGAACGAGUGCUUUGAUCCUUGUGCCCUCGAAUGAACUGGCUUGGCAGUAUGUGCGGUGGGCACAGGAGCUCAUGCCGGCGUCGUUGCAUGGGCAUCUUGACGCUGUCUUGCAGUGUGUCGUACGUGGCGAAAGCACAUUGGAGACACAAGUUGAGCAUUUACGUACGCAUCCACCGCACAUUGUGGUCGGCACAGCGACACGUGUGCAAGAGAUCUUGGCCCUGCCCCAAGGCAAGCACAUUCUCGGUGUGCCAACGCUACGUACUCUUGUGCUCGACGAGGCUGAUGCACUGCUGCAACUGCCAGGCCGCUUCCCCAGUGAAAAGCAAAAGUGGAAGCAUCUAGCGCACCGCUCUGCUGGUCUCGAUGUUCUGAAUACCCUGAUGCGGUCUCGACCGACCUUUUCCGGCGGCGAGCGCAUUAUGAAUGCAGGCCUCGAGCGCGGUCAACACACUCGUGCUACGGAACGACGCCCACCGGAGCGUAUCCGACGUACCCAGUACCGCGGCGUGGAACGUACAGAUCUUGCGCCGCCGCUGCCUCACGAGCCAGGCAUGACACCGUUGCAGUUGGUGUGUACGAGUGCCACAGCAAACUCUGUCCUUCGUCACUUUUUUGGCGCACGUACAGGCUGGCUGCGGACCAAUACACGCGAGACGCGCGGCCUGGCGACGUGGAUCGAUCUAACAGGUAUGAGUGGGCGCUUGAGCGAGGUGGAUGUGCCGAUGAUGGGUGCCAUGCCGCGCGAAAUUACACAUACGUGUGUCGUCGUCGAUGAAGGGCCUGCCGCGUCGCCUGUGUUUCGUCCGUUGGCCCCGGAGCGUGGUGCGCCACGAGCCUUGGCAAGCACGCCUCCUACGACCAAGCCGUUGCCGGAGCAUGAAGUGGACACUGUACUGCUCGAAGCACUUGCAUAUAUCUAUGCAGCUGAAGGCAUCCGACGAGGCUUGGCUUUGAUACCCGCACGCUGGAGUGUGCGCCGCGUGCACGAUGAACUGGCCUCGUUAGGCGUGUCUGUACGCAUCAUUCAGCCUGGCGAUGCUAUGCCUGUGCAGGAGGAAGACGAAGUGCUGUAUCUCUUGCAAAGCACCAGUGCGCGUGGUCUCGAUGUGCCUGCGUUGAGUCAUGUGUUCUUGCUCGGUCUCGCGGCCGUGCAGGAUGCCGUGCACUAUACACACGCUGCUGGGCGUGUAUCGCGAUUGGGCGCGACGUCGCCUACGUCGCGGCCGCCUGGCCACGUCGUGACGCUCUUGCGUGGCGACGCUACGUCGGAAUCCAAAAUGGCGCGGAUCUAUGCGCGUGUGCAUAUCACGCCGCGUGCGUUGGAUCUACGUACGUAG